GUGUCUGUAGUUGCAGCGAGGGGACAAGUUUUAACACAGCAAAUAUUUCUCCCUAUUGUUCAAUAUGAAAUUCGCAGGGAGGGAAAGCAGCGCGUUAACUCUUCAAACGAGUCACACACCCAGGAAAGCUGAGCUUCUGCUGCUGCUGGGGUGCUGGGGAUGGGAACGGAACAUGUGGUAAAGGGACAGUUUAGUCAGGCAAGGAGUUAACGCGGCGAGAGAUCGGCUCGGCUCCCAAGCCCCGCCCUCCUGCUUUCCAUUCCCUGACAUCAUUCACAGGGAGAGAGGAGGGAGAGCCGGGAGCCUCUGCCUGAGACACAGAGGGACAGGCGGGUUGUGACACAGUAGAGUGAGGCAGGAAAGAGUGGAAAGUGGCCAAGCCACACACACACACACAUCGGAUCAUCCACAGCGCAGACACACACACACACACACAGAUAAACUGCAGCGCACUGUGCAAGGGAGGGAGCGGGACUCUUGUGCAAGGAAAGCGCUGAGCGCCAGGACAUUCCUCUAACUCCACUUUGUCGGCUAGAAAGGCAGCAGCACAUUCCCCCCUGAGACUACACGGAUCAGACUACUGCCUUGUGUCGGGGGAGAGUUGCUGAGGAGAUUGUGGGGUUUUUAUCCCAUCACUGAGUACAAACGUGUUGCUGGGGAUCUGCCGCUCUGACUUGUCCCCCCCUACAAAGGACGAGGGGUGGGGAGUCCCUGUGAGGAGUUGCUCUCGUGUCCCCACUGGCACAUCUGUGGAUUUGAUGCUUCUCCCGUGGAUUAUGGCUCCCAGGCGGAAUGGCCGCUGCCUGUGCUGGCCUCUCACUAUCAGCGUGUUCUUGGCAUCAGUCUUCCAAGGAGUACAGUCACAGAUGGUGCUGGUAAAUGAGACAGUUUCUGGAUACACCGGUGACGAUGUCAUGCUUCAUUGUAAUUUUGUAAAUCCUCUACCCAGUGUAAAGAUAACUCAGGUCACAUGGCAGAAGUCCACCAAUGGCUCAAAGCAAAAUGUGGCCAUCUACAACCCUGCAAUGGGAGUGUCUAUCCUUCCUCCUUACAAAGAACGUGUAUCCUUCCUAAGCCCCUCUUUUCGGGAUGGCACAAUCAAGCUGACCCGAUUGCAGCUGGAAGAUGAAGGAUCAUACAUCUGUGAAUUUGCUACUUUCCCUACAGGAAACCGAGAGAGUCAGCUUAAUCUUACUGUUCUAUCCAAACCUGUCAAUCAUAUGGAAGGAACAUCAAACCAGCUGAUUGCAGUUCCAGGUUCAACUAAGAAGGUUGUCGUUGCCACCUGCAUAUCGGCCAACGGGAAGCCUCCCAGCAGUGUGAACUGGGAAACCAAGCUGAAGGGUGAACCCGAGUAUCAAGAGAUCAAGAAUGAUAAUGGGACAGUCACAGUAAUCAGCCGCUACCUGCUGGUACCAAACCGAGAAGCCCACCAGCAACCACUAACUUGUGUUAUUAACUAUCAGACCGAACGAUACACACAGACAACUCUUCUCAGUGUUCAGUAUGAACCACAUGUUACUAUUGAAGGUUUUGAUGGGAAUUGGUAUGUAAGAAGACCAGAAGUUAAACUGACCUGCACAGCAGACGCCAACCCUCCUCCUUCUCUAUAUGAGUGGAGAAUGGCCAAUGGCUCACUGCCAGAUAAUGCCGUCGUAAAUAAUAACACUCUGCACUUUCGAGGGGAGGUCACCUACGGUUUCUCUGGAACGUACAUUUGUGAAGCCAAAAAUGCCGUUGGCAGUCGUACGGGUCAAAUUGAAGUUAAUGUGACAGAAUUCCCUUUCACCCCAACUACUCCUGGGAGACUGGACCGGAGAGAGUCCUCCACAUUUCCAACAGCAAUCGUGGGAGGCGCAGUGGGAGGAGUCGUUCUUGUGCUUGCAGUGUCAGUACUGAUAUUUGUCGUACUGCGAAAAAGACAUCACACCUUCAAAGGAGACUAUAACACCAAGAAACACGUAUAUGGAAAUGGUUAUAGCAAGGCAGGAGUAGCACAACACCCACCAAUGGCACAGAGCCUUCAGUAUCCUGAGGACUCUGAUGAUGAGAAGAAGCCAGGUCCAGUGGGAAGCAGCAGCUAUGAAGAGGAGGAGGAUGAUGAGGGUCUGAAUAGACAUAAGCUGGGUCAAAAAUUUGAUGAUGAGUCUAAGCGUCCAUACUUCACUGUGGAGGAGGGUGAUCGUCGAUGUUAUAAUGAAGACAGAACGCUAGGAUUCCAGUAUGAACCAGAUGACAUGCCUGACAAUUUGGUGCCCCAAAACGAUGGUUCUUUCAUCUCCAAGAAAGAGUGGUAUGUGUGAAAGAAGUGAACAGCUAAAUGGACAUCUAUGGCUUGAUUCAUGCACAUGCCCCACCCCUUGAACUGGGGUUAAGACAAGAGGCUGGUGGGAGCAACAAUGUGACCAGACCUUUUUUGUUUCUUGAUAUAAAUAUAUAUAUAUAAAUAUAAUCUAUCUUUUUAUAUGACUCACAACUACAGGGUCACUAUGACCUAGAAAGAAUACAUAUUUACACCAGUGACACAACAUGGCCCAGUACAGUUAUGCCCAGUCUGAUACACAUUUGUCACAUUCCUUCACUAAAUAAACAUGCACACACAACACACCACAAUAAUUUACACACGAAUAGCUGCAUGUUUUUUUUAAUUUACAUAACAGCAUGACACUGUUUGCAUUAACACCAGCUAAUGCAGCAAAAGAAAAUCGAAACGUUUUCCAACUAAACUCUCAUUCAUGCACAGCAUGCUAUUUGUGGACAGCAAAAGGAACAUGACUUUUUGACAAACACAAUGUGGCUUAAGAACUCACCACACACGGUCAUUUUAUGGUAUUUAAAUUAAAAAAGCAAAUGUUACUUAAAGUUUAACUACAUAAUAUGAAACAUGCCUGUCUUCUGCAUUCCAACUGGCAGACAUUCCCUUGAACAUAAUUCCCACACUUGCAUACACACACAUUCAUAAACACACAUACCCACUAAAUCUUGCCUGGCUUUCAUUACACACACUGCCUCCCCAAACUUCUUUACCCAGACACUGGAUUAUAAAUCUGAAUAUUGUUGGUUAUGUUGUUUUUUUCAUGUAUUUUGGGAAUUCGCUGAUUUCCAGAGAUACGUAAUGAUGCUCUGCACCCUGCCAUCCUAACCCUACCUGGUGUGGGGUUGGGCAAAGACAAUGGGAAGAUGGCUGCUUAAUGGUCUGUGGGAAUCUUUUUGUAUAUUGUGCAUUUCUUGUUCUGUUUGGGUCCUAGUGGAAUUUUUCUAAGCAAUGGUUGUACAUUGAAAUUCAAACAAAACCAUGUGCCAUACCUCCCUCAAAAUUACACUGCACUACCAAUUGCCAACACGAUAAAGAUCACCCGUGCACAGCCUUCCAGGACUCACAGAACUGCUGCUGGGUGACUUUAAUAAUAUCUGUUAAAAUACAAAUAAUGGACGUGACAGUCAGACUUGAAUGGUUUCACGUGACAACACUACUAGAUCUGGAAAAAGUAUAUGAUAUGGGACUAUACUUCAGAUCUGCAGACACCAGGAGUCUUGAGAACCUGGACAUGCACUUGGUUCCCAGAUUGGAGCACCCUUUCGAGAGUUUGUCUUGUAGUCUGGAGUCAAGUCUGUUGAAACAUGUCUCUUUGAUUCUCCUAAGAGCCUCCUUGUCCAUCUGCUGCUUCACAGACAUGGACUCUAUGCUAAAAGGGAGCCAGGAGCCUUUACAGAGAUAAUUUUUUUAAAAAUUGGGAACAUACCAUGGCUGUUACCAGAUGGGUCACAGGGUCCUUUUCAAGUCCAGCAUUCUAUUUUGUAUGUGCCAUGCUGCUCUGUUUUAUGUAAGUGAUCUAUAAAGUGUUAGCAUUCCUCUGCACCUUUCAUAUCUCAUUAUACAUGCAGGGAUUUCACUGAACACAUCAGCCAUACCACAAGCCCUGAUCAACAGACUAUCCCACAGCUCGCUGGUGAGGUUUCAGGCAAAAUGUUUUAGAAUAUGUGGUCUCUGAUUAUUAUGGGUUAACAGGCAACCCAUUUAAUUGCACUUAAAUCUGUAAUUCUUUGUAGAGAUUUCGACUCUAUGGGCCCCUUGCCUAUACUGAAAAUAAUAUAUUUAUUUUGGCAUACAGAACACUACCCAUUUCUCUUCACAAGCAAUUUAGGCAUGCCAAAUGGAAAAUACAUCCUGAUUAUAAAUAGGAGGUUAUCAUUGGCAUGGAUUUUACCCUCAAAUACAUAGUAUUGUAUGAGGGUCCAGAGAAUAUUCCUUCUCUGCAUAUACAUAUUAUUGGUACAUAGUAUUGUAUGAGGGUCCAGCUAAUCAUGUGCACAGAAUUAACCUUCUCUGCAUAUACAUAUAUUGGUACUGAUAUAAAGUAGUAGUAAUUAGUACCUCUUGGGAUCAUGAAUAGAGGGAGACAGUUCUAACCAUAUCUAUGCCAAAUGGAGUGGCAAAAUGCCAAAAUGUGCAUUGAAAGGAUGUUCUGUGCAAACAUAAACCCUACUAUGCUUUAAAUCAUGCUUGUUUUCCUUUGAACCCAUGCCCCAUAAAGCUGCCCAUACACAACUAAUAUUGAUACUAGUUGUCAUUCCUUCCAAAUUAAGCCAGAUAUCUAUUAAGCCAAUGUGAAAAUCUCUUCAAAUGAGUGUCCAAAUCUGCUAAAGAUCUGAUUAUUUUCCAACCUCUGCAAAUGAGGGUACGUUCUUGCGUAUGGCCACCUUAAGUUAACCAUUCUAUUGCAAAAAUCAUACAAUACGGUAAUUGUCUGCCACUUGAAGUCAAAUAGAUACAAGCAUAAAGUGGUAGGAAUUUAUAUCUGUAAGAAUCCAACUGGAAAAUAAACGGAGAAUUGCUUU